AUGAGGAUUGCAGAAGUUGACAUCGAACAAAAAAUAAUUUUUAAAGUUGACGCUCAAACCGGGGAGCCUAUAGAUGAUACGGAUAUCGACCGCUGUCACCAUGUUACGCCUGAGAACUAUGCAGAAUAUCGUAUAGACCCUUGCACAGGCGACUCUUAUAAGACCUUGAAGGAAAUUAAACUCAUAAAUACUUCCAACGGAAAGUUUCAGGUCAUCGAACAUCUAUUGUUAUCACUGCAAAAUGGGUCGAAAGACCACAUUCUGUACAGUGUAUUAUAUGACACAACGAAUAAAGCUAUCAUUGCAAUGAAAAGAUACGUAGAAUAUGUGGAUGGAUCUUACGGUUGCGAUGGCAUGGAUUAUAAGCUUUUUGAUAGGCCAAUAACUAGCUCAAACGUGGCAAGCGUAUUUUUAGGUUUCAAGAACGAGUGGCACGCACCUACCCUGCAUCCGAAACAUGCGGGUAAUGUCACAACUGAUGGGACUGAUGCUUACUCUGUAGCUGUUAUGCCAUUCGGUACGUUGAAUAGGCCUUCAAAUGGGUUAAAUGCGGUAUACUAUCUGCUCAACGGAAUAAAACGGACGCUAGUCAUACCCAAGUUGCAGUCUAUAACGGGCAUUAACUUGUUGUCUGAAGAUGCAAGCAGUUAUGUUGCGGCACAUCUAGAAAAUGAAACCCAUCAUAUAACUGUUGUGUAUCAACUGGGUAUUCCAGGAAGUACCUCUCCAGAAGCUAUCAUCGUGCGAUUUGAAGUUACAAAAACAUGCAUCAACCUUAGGGCAUCGGGACAAAAUAACUUCAUGCAUUUAGCCUCUGUUCCUGUAUGUAAAACUGAUACGCGUGUCGGAAGUGAAACACAAUGUGUUAUACAUCAGACCAGGUUGGAAGAUAAAUCGAAGGGGAAAGCGGCGCUCUACACGUUCAUGUACGACGCCAAAAUGCGUCAUUUGACGGGCGUUAUGCACCAAAUAACUAUGAAUGAAAACGGCAAUGUCAUUAACGCUGUUGAAGAAGACACGUUCCAUAAAUCGGCGAACUACACGACGAAAAUAAACAUGGACAUCAACCGAAACGGAAUGGUCAAACUUUCUCACAUGUACGCCGGGUACGUUUCAAAAUGCGUACACGGUAGUAAAGUUAGAGCAAUGAUAUUGCCUCAUGGUAUUAAAAAUCAAGAACAAAGCUACACAAAUCGUUUUCUAUAUCGCGGCAUCCCUCUUGUUGAGAUAUACAUGGAGACAGAGGACGGUAUUUCUCUUGUUAACAGAGUCUCGCCUCCAGCUGUAACUAAAGAGGCGGGAGAUGGGGUGGAACUGAUACAUAUCACUUAUUGGUUAAAACUCUUAGAGUACAAUACGCCACACAAGAUAACCCUUAGUUUUGAAUGCAAACAAGUUAUAUCGCAGAGUGGAGGAAAGAAAACAGAAAUCACACUCUUAAACAAAUACCAAAGAUACCGAAUGGAUAUAGAUGCGUUUAUUAUAGAUGCUUCCGUGUGGGCGGAAGAUACAGAAUCGUUUGGCGGUAAAUGUAUUGUGGGUGUGGGGGAAGAGGGACUGUAUAUACUUAUGAGCCGCAUCAUUAGGAACAAGGGCGACGCAACUACAGGCCACUUCUACAAGUUCCUCUACGAUACAAAAAAUGCGGGGUUCUUCUGCAAAUCUGUGCCAAUAAGAGCGGUAGAACAGAAGCCAAAUAAAUCAUGUAGAUGGGUCAGGGCUGGGGAUGACAAGAGCUACACGUACUCCUUAGGGGGGUCUAAACUAAUAGAACAGGAAGUAUCUACAAUGCGAUUAUGA